CUAAGCCCGAUUUGUAGGACUUAUUAAGAGAAGCUUUAUCGAUGUAGAGCAGACAUUUUUGGAGAAAUAAUCUGUAAUUAAAAUUAAUGUUGUCUGUUAUAUUGCAGGCCUGUUUCGCGCGGGCGUACCAUCGGGCGCAUCGACUGGUAUUCAUGAAGCUCUUGAAUUACGAGAUGGAGAUAAAAGUGUUCAUCAUGGCAAAGGUAAAACAUUCGGCUAG